AUGGCCCCCGCGCCCGGCCACGGUGGGCCUGCGCCGCCGCAUCUCCCCUCCAACGACCCCUACAUGACCAAGUCGUCGUCCGCGCCGGCCUACGGCAGCAUGCAGCCGCUGGCUAGCCCGACCGGCGGCGGCGGCAGCUACUCGACGGCCUACAAUGGCAGCGCGCAUCCCCCCCGCGUGGCCUCCAACCCGCACCCGUCGCCGCAUCUCGCCUACCCGCGGCAGCCGUGGCCGUCGUACUCGCUGCCGGCCAUGACCGGCCCCGUGCGCACCAACGUGCACCACCCCAACAGCCCCAUGUCGCUGGUCGGCUCGCUGCAGCCCGGCAUCAUGCCCGAGGCAUGGCGGCCCGGGACCGACCAACGACCGGCCGUUCAAGUGCGACCAAUGUCCGCAGAGCUUCAAUCGGAACCAUGA